CACAGAGUGAGGAUGCACAGAGCUCUGACAAAGUAUGCGAGGAGUACUGGUGCGUUGCAUGGACUCCGCCCAUGCGCUUUUAACUGUCGCCAUUCUCUGAUGGUAGCAACCUAGACAUUGAAUCAGGAAGCAUCUCUAGAGCGUUCUUUGCCCCACAAUUGGGCGGCAGGUAUGCACUGUUUGCUGUUAAAUGUCUUUUGAGAACAGUAUCAUUGGGCGCACUUUUUGGCCUGCUCAAAAUGACGGCUUUAGCGGCUAUCCGUUUCAGCAACCGUUUCAGCAUCCAAGACCAGUGCACCAUGUUGCACAGCCGGUGCGAGCUGGUAGGAGCUCCGUCACAAAGUUUUUCUAGCCAUCAUCUUAAUCCCAUUGGUCAAUUCAGUCAUAGCGCCUUACGCAAUGCUGCCAGGAGGUGUCCAAGCACAUGGCAUGGCCGAAGCACUCUCCUCGUCUCCCAGGCACCCGACUUCUUGACGGGGGGGGCCCUUGCACUAAGAAAGGGCAGCAACAUUCGCAUCAGCAGCGUUGGUGCAAGCGAUGGGAGGAGUGGUCGCGUUGGAAAGCGGACGGUGUCUGCAGAAGCAGGCAGUCCAAUGGGACCGGGAGCAUCAGCAGGCGGCGAUGUGAACGGGCCCGGCAGUGUGAAUGGGGCCAGCAGCUCUAGCAGUGGUGGUGGUGUGAACAGGGACAGCGGUGCGAAUGCGAACAGUGGUGUAAAUGGGGCCGGCGGCGGUGGUGGAACCGGUGGUGUGAAUGGGGGCCCUGGUGUGAACAGGCGGAGCGGUGUGAACGGGGCUAGGGGCGGUGGUGUGAACGGGGCCAGGGUCGAUGACACGGGGUUUGUCAAUUGGGUGAGGAAGGAGUUCAACGUCACGCGGGAGGCGCUCCGCAUCAGCCGGAACAAGAAGGCGGACGCGGUCGUCGAGAAGGAACGCGAGACGAGCAACGGCGCGGCGACCACGAGCGGGCGGGAAAAGUUCGUGGACAGCGUGUUCGGGGACGAGGAUGACUGGACGGAGGAGAUGGAGGAGGCGUGGCGGUUCGAGGCGCGGGGGUUCGACGAACAAGAUUUAAAGAUCCGGGAUCCGGGGAAAGAGGGGGGCCCGCUCAUCUUCGACUUGCCGCGGGAGGACGGGAAAAUACAAGCGGACCGUACGGCGGAUAUUUGGAACAUAGAAGACUGGCGGGAACCGCGGAAGAUCAAGCAGGGGAGCUGGGACGUGUAUGACGUCAUGAAGGAGCAAGCGGAGACGGAAGAAACGGAAGGGCCGAAAUCGAAAGAGGCGGCCGUGGCCGAAUACCUCGAACUGUUACAGAGGCGGAAGCGACGGGAGCUGUACAAGGACUACGAGCCGGCCGAAGAGACCGAACGGCUGCAGCUUCCGGUUGGGGAGUAUAAGGGCCCGGACACGUUCCGGGAGUCGUUUGACGAGGUGGGCGAACCGCUGGAAAACCCGUUCCAAGAGGUGUAUGCGCUGAUGCACGCGUUCAGCGUGGAGAUGCCAUUCCCGCUGAGGACUCUAGUGGACGAGCGCGUGCUAAACUACGGGACGUACUUUUGGACGAAAUUCCUGGAGAUCAAUGCGGACGAGCGGAUCAAGUUCCUCGACUGGAUCGACCACAGGCACAUGGAAUGGCUCUGGCGCCUCGGCGAGCAGCGCUACAGCAACAUCGGGACGAGAAUGUAUACGCACGCGGCGAAGUUACUGCCCGUGCGCGGAGUCACCAAGGUUUUUCGGCCGCAAGUCUGGAUCGGCAAGGUCGACGGAGCUCCUCCCUUCUUCGGGGACUUCCAUCGGGUGAUAUGGGUCGCCCCCGACUCGAACAUGUACGGAAGGACUGUACUGUUGCCAAAUCGUAAGGGCUGGCUGCGCCGUUUCAUCGACGAGACGUUCCCGCUCUACUUCCGGGUGAAGCAGACGAACCUGGUCGUCGCAACGGAGCGUCCGUGCGACAUGGUCAUCGAGUACGUCACAGACAUGUCCGAACUAGACGGGAACAUUCCGCCGGAGUACCCCAAGCCAGUCCCGCCGCCGCACCCGUUCAACGACGCGAUGAAAGAGUACAUGCGGCCGCUCGGCCCGGGGCUGAUGGUGUGCGAAGCGUGGCAUGAGGGCGUCUCGCCGGAGGCGACGCCUAAACCGUUUCUAAAGACCUCGGUUAUGGCGCGUGUGGGGCCCGGCACAGUCAAGGCCUUCUAGAAAUCCUUGGCUUAGUGACAAAUCAAGGCCACGUACGCAAUUCCAGCACCAAGGCACAGCGCGGACGAUACGGUCGGAUGACUCAACAUACCCGGUGGUGUUCAUUCGUUUGCAUGCGGAGUUUGCGACUCAAAAAGUCGUUAUGUGCGGCUGGCAACCCUGGAUGCUGAGUGACCGCAGGUUUUUCUGUCUGUGGAGCAGACGCUGAUUGACCGUGGAAUCUGUGGACUCUGCGCUGACUGAAACUGAGCUUCGAUCAAACUCCAUCAGCAGC